GUUUAGUAAACCGAUACAGAAUAUUUUUUAAGGAGACAAUAAAAAUUUAACAUUACCAGAAGACAGUUAGUAGAUUUCUCAAAAGAACAAUCAAGCUCUACAUAUCAUAAUUGGUUUCUCAAACUAAAAGUGUUGCUGGACUUAGUCCAUAUUCUUUAACACUACAAUAAGUAGGUUAAUUAUAAUAUUUUUUUAGAACAAAAGGUUAAUAUAAUUUUUGGGAUAAAAAAAAUGAGCAGGUUAAACUAAGAAGGGUCUACAAAUCUAUAAUACAUUGAUUUUUUUUUUUUUUUUUACAAUACAAUACAUGAUUUUAUCUGUAUCAAUUGACAAGUUUAAUUAAUACAUGAGAUUCAGCUACUAGUUACUACAAGUGUCUCAAAACUAUAAAUGAAGGAAAGAAUCUUUAUGCUAGAAACAAAAGGAGCCUGAUAAGUAUGCACUUAUAGGUUGAGAAGCCACUCUGUCUUUGUAUCUAACUAACACGUUAAAGAAGAAAACAAAUUCAUUUACUCAUAACUUAGCUUUCCAUAUUCAAAUGCAUGUUUUCAGUGUAACGUCUUUUCUUUCGGUUUCAUUAGAUUCUCUACGGUUUCUUGAAAACUUGUAGACAAAAACAAACAAUCCAAUCAAGAAUGGUGAAGAAACCGAAGCACCUCCGUCCUCAGCCGCGUAAAUCUUCGUUGACGACGCAUGCUUUCACAUUUCUCAUACUUGCUCUCUUCUCCAUUCUCAUCCUUCUCGGUCUCGGGAUCCUUUCACUGCCCAGCACCCGCAUGAUCUCUUCAAGGCCGACAGAUUUCACCACUGUUGAACGGACUAGCGAAGGGAGGGAGAGUACUUAUGGAGACGAUGAAGGUAAUGGUGAGCGUUGGCUUGAAGUUAUAUCGUGGGAGCCUAGAGCUUUCCUUUACCACAAUUUCUUGACGAAUGAAGAAUGUGAGCACUUGAUUAGUCUCGCAAAGCCUAAUAUGGCGAAGUCAAAGGUGGCUGAUGUCAAAACUGGAAGGAGCAAAGACAGCAGAGUACGAACAAGUUCAGGAGCUUUUCUUAAAACUGGGCAUGACGAAAUAGUGAAAGAGAUUGAGGAUAAGAUUUCAGAUUUCACAUUCAUUCCUGUAGAAAAUGGAGAAAGUCUACAAGUUCUACAUUAUGAAGUUGGGCAAAAAUAUGAGCCUCACCAUGACUAUUUCACAGACGAGUUCAACGUCAAAAGAGGAGGGCAACGAGUUGCUACUGUACUUAUGUACCUCUCGGAGGUUGAGGAAGGCGGUGAAACAGUUUUCCCUUUAGCCAAAGGAAAUAUUAGUGAUGUCCCAUGGUGGAACGAGCUCUCACAAUGUGGUAAGGAAGGACUCUCUGUUCUGCCAAAGAAGAGAGACGCUUUGCUCUUCUGGAGCAUGAGGCCUGACGGGUCCCUAGACCCUUCGAGUUUGCAUGGUGGCUGUCCAGUGAUUAGAGGAAACAAGUGGUCAUCAACUAAAUGGCUUCACGCUCACGAGUACAGUAAUUGAGUAAAAAAAGAAGAGGUUUUCAUGAUCUCAUCUCACCAUCAUCAUCAUGUACUAGUAGUACGUGUAUCACCAGCAAAAUCACGUUCUGGCCUUAAAUUAAUUAUGUAGUUAAUGUUUACCUUUUUUUCUUUUGGAAAAAGAGUUUUUUUUUCAGGAAAAUGAAACAUAAACCUGCUGAUCCCUUAUAUAUUAAAAGAGAAGCAUUGUAAUAAAUGCAUUCACAUUAUAAUA